AUGGGCGCGAGGAAGUGUGUUUUAGGGUCACUGAUCAUUCUGCUGGUUUCAUUGGGUUUUCUGGCCGAGAGUAAGGAAGUAGAAAUUAAUGAAAUUAAUGGUGAUAGACUGAAGAAGCCACAGUGGUUUCAAAAUGGUAACAAGGGUUGGAUUAGUGGCGGCGGCGGCGUUGCUGAGUGGAAACGGUGGCGCUCUGACCACCAUUCAUUCGGUAAGGGGUUUGGAUUUGGUUUAGGUUUUGGCUCUGGGAGGGGCUGCACCGGUGGUGAUUGCGUUGGGCUAGGUAGUGGUGUUGCUGGUGGCGGUGGUGGAUUUGCUGGCGGACGUGGGAUCAGAGGUGGAUAUGGGGUAGGAGGUGGGGUUGGUAGUGGUGGGGGAUUUGGUGGCGGAGGUGGGGUCGGUGGUGGUGGUGGAGGGGGCUUAGGCAGUGGUGGUGGUGGUCUAGGCGGAGGAGGAGGUGGAAGUGGCAUUGGUGGCGGUGGCAGAGGCCAUGGUGGGAUUGGGAAAGGAUUUGGUGGUGGAAGUACGGGCGGUGGGAUUGGAGGUGGAUGUGAUUGUGGAAGGCAGCAUAAGAAAAAUAGAAGACAUCAAGGCGGUGGCGGUGGCGGUGGUGGAGGCCUUGGUGGAGGUGUUGGUGGUGGAGCAGGAGCAGGAGCUGGAGCUGGAGCUGGUGUUGCUGGGGGAGGUAUUGGCAAAGGGAUUGGAAUUGGUAGGGGAGUAGGUGGUGGAGGCAGCAUUAGUGGAGGAAUAGGUGGUGGUGGUGCAGGAGCAGGAGGGGGGUUUGGGGGUGGCAUUGGAGGUGGUGGCGCAGGUGGAGGAAUCGGAGGAGGGAUUGGUGGCGGUUUUGGCAGUGGUAGUGCAGGUGGAGGAAUGGGAGGGAUUGGUGGCGGCAGCAGUGGUAGUUUUGGCAGUGGUGGUGCAGGCGGAGGAAUGGGAGGAGGGAUUGGUGGUGGUGGUUUCAGCGUUGGUGGAUCCGGCGGAGGGAUUGGAGUAGGCAUUGGUGUUAAUCACGGUGGUGGUGGAUAUUAA